ACAGGAUUUGAGACAAAGUGAAAACACAGCUCUGUGCAGUCCUCACCACCAGUUCCUUCAGAAUAUGAUCUCCUGUUCCACGCUUUGAGAGUGAAGGAAGGCGCCGCAGCCAGAAUUGUCCCCCACUUCUUCCCUAAAGUUCGCACAGGAGAAAACCGAUGCUCUUGCCAGCGAAGAAAUAUCUGCUUUCUCGCUUUGUUUUCAGUGUUUGAGCUGAACCUGAGGAUAAAUGCUGAAAUGGACAAUGUUGUGUGGGUCCUUUGCAUGGCACCUGGCUACAUAGGCUGCCCUGGAUAGUUUAUCAUUCAACCUGAAGCUUUCCUCGUCCAUGGAUCCGUGACACAACGUGGACCUGGAAUAUGUAACAAAUCUGCUCCGGAUCACAAUGCCUUGCUUACAAAUUGUGAGACAUUCUCAGUAAUUAGACUCGGAGGGCAAAGAACUCGGAUGCUUGAGAAGCGAUGUAAUGCUGAGCUGCUUGCGUUCACCGCUGUAAGGUCUCCGAGGGUGACCAGGCAGCGAUUCUGGCAGUGACGAUUAACUCUUUCGAUCAAAGGAGUCAGAAUGAAGCUGCCGUCUGCUGUUUGUCUACAUGUCAUCAUUGUUUCACUUCUCCAUCUUUUGCAGGGUGUUUAUGAAGAACAUGAUGCCAAGCUGAAGCAAAAGAGGGCAAGCUUAGAACAGCAGAUCAGAGCUGCUUCCAAUGUGAGGGAAUUGCUGUCAAUUAUUAAUUCCUCGGACUGGAAGCGAUGGAAGUGCCACCAAAAAUUAAAGUACCUGGCGGGAUUUGACACGCGAUCACGAUCGACCAGGUUCGCUUCUCUGUACUACGACGCAGACACACUCAAAUCCAUCGAUGAAGAAUGGCAGAGGACUCAGUGCGUCCCCAGGGAAUCCUGUGUUGACGUUGCUAAGGAACUUGGACGAAGCACCAAUACAUUCUUCAAGCCUCCGUGCGUGUCCGUGUAUCGGUGUGGGGGCUGCUGCAAUGAAGAGAGCCUGGUUUGCAAGAACAUCAGCACAUCCUACAUCCACAAAGAGCUGUUUGAGAUUGCCAUUCCUCUGACCAAUAUACCGGAGCUCUUGACUGUCAGAAUUGCAAACCACACGUCUUGCAAAUGCAUCUCCAGUCGACAUGCCUACUCCAUUAUUCGAAGAUCAAUCCUCACACAUGAAGACUACAGUUGUCUGUAUGAUGAGAAUCACUGCUCCAGGGGCCUGGUAUGGGAUAAAGAGAAAUGCCACUGUGUGACCUCCCCCGUUCAGAGAGAAGAUGAACUCUCUCCCAUUGCAGAGCUGGCCAUCUGUGGGCCUUAUAUGGAGUUCAACGAGGAACUGUGUGAGUGCGUAUGUAGGAACAUGGAAAGUCACGAAACAUGCUCGCAGAAACAGAAAGCGUUUGAUCCAGAUUCCUGCAGUUGUGUGGAUAGACCUGCCUGUAUUUACCACAGUAGAUCCUGUGCUGCGGGGAAGGUCUUCAAUGAUAAGCAUUGCCAAUGUGUGUGGAAGAAUAAACAUUGAUAUAAUACACUGACGGAAGGUGACUGAAAAUCAUGGAUUUUGACUUUUAUUAUUAAAGUGUUAGUUCUACA